AAUCAGAAUAUUUCCAUGAACCAAAAAUACAAGAUCACUACUAAAGAUUUUGAUCAGUACACUGCACUAAUAACAGCGCUUUUCUGUUCAUAAAAUGGGAACAAUCCAAAACAAUGAUAAAGAGUAUAGCAGCUCGACACUUAGUUAUGGUGAAUUACCUAUGGAGAUAAUUCUUCAUAUUUUUCGAUAUUUGAGUGCUGCAGACAUGCAAAUAGCAGGUAGAACAUGCCAACGAUGGCGUGAAGCAACAUUUAAUACGGAGUUCACUAAACGAGUUUUAGUUCGAUUUUCUAAAUUAUGUCUAUCAGACAUGCUUACGCCGGCAAAGGACUACGCUAAAAGUGAAAUGCCUUUUCGGAACUUCUGCUUUGAGGAAAUCUCGUUCGGACCAGUGCAACAGGCUAUGAGCCACAUUGGGAGUACGGCUAAGGAAAUAAUAUUUGACAAUGUAGAUAUUGGAGUCAAACAGUUCUGCGAAAUCAUGAGGCUAUUACCAAAUAUAACUUCGUUAAAAAUAACGCACUGUUCACAGCUUUUUAUGUCAGGUUCAUUUUUAGAAAAUGAACCGGGCUUAAGCUUUGCAAAUAUACAUCACCUUUCCCUGAGCGAUAAUCAGUAUAUAUCGGAUGCAAUUUUAAUGCGUUUGACUGAAAUGAUGGAGAGCAUAUACUCUUUAGAUUUGUCCGGUUGCCACAUAGCUUAUCACAACGCGAUUCAACGGCGAUUUUAUCCAAAUGAAGGUGAUAUAUUACCAUGCGAAUCUAUAUUGACCUUUAAGUUCAUUAUUCGCAUAUUAGCAUUGCAUCACGAGCAUAUACGUUGCCUUAACUUUAGUAAUACAUUGAUCGGCGCCCCAGCUCUAUCUGCUCUAUGUGAGCUGGAAAGGGGAGAACUCCAUUUGCAUCGUCUUGGACUAGCGAAAUGUAGGCAAUUAAAUGCAAUAUCUCUCAAUUUACUUUUAACUUCGCAAACAAAUUUAUUGGUACUGGAUCUAUCGGACACAAUCUGCGUGAACGAUAGUUGUCUUGAUGUAAUUGUGAAAAGUGUCUCUUCGCUACAAGAGCUUAAUAUUGCUGGUUGUGUUAAUAUUUCAAAUGAAGGAGCGUCUCUUUUAAACAAAUUAAAGAACUUGAAGCAUUUGAAUGUAUCACGUUGUGAUGGUAUACAAUCGGACGGUCUUACAAAUGGAGUGGCAGCUACACUUAAUGUAACAUUGCUGAUUCUUCAUAUGAGUCAUAUACAGGUAUGCGAGGAGGCCAUCAAGGUUCUAGCUAAAAACCUUCCGGAGCUGCGAGUUCUAAACUUAGGGUACUGCGUGAAUGGAGUAACCGAUGAAUCAGUACAGAGUAUCAUUCAAAAUUUACGAUGGCUACGGGAAUUGUCUUUGGAAAGCUGCUUUAGGAUCACGGAUGCAGCUUUUACUGGUAUUAAUAUUACACAGUUAGUUCGUGCGCCCAACUUACGCAACUCGCUUGAUGGGAUUCAGUCGUAUUCAAAUCUGGAAAAUCGUGAUUGCUUAAAUAAAUCCAAUCAAUUGUUUAAGAUCUCAUUGCGAAGCAAAGCGGAAGAGGAAAUUGUUCGUGACGCCAAUAGAAAAAAAGCGAUGUUCGAAGCUUAUGAGCUAAACUUGAUUGAAGAAUGUAGUACCGAUGGCUAUAAUUUAAAGCAUUUAAAAGGUCUCAAAUCUUUAAACUUGAGUAGCUGCAAUAAAAUAUCAGAUGUGUCUUUAAAAUAUGGCAUACAAUUUCUUGAGUUGCGCCAUUUAUCGCUUUCUAAUUGCCAACAAAUUUCGCUUAUUGGCGUUCAACAAAUGGUGAAGGAUUGUCCUUCCAUAGAAAUUCUUGAUUUGUCGGACUGCGAAAGUAUUAAUGAUAAAGCUAUACAAAUAAUAACAAAAGCACUGACCAGACUCCGGAUUCUACACAUAAGUGGAUGCAGCCAGUUAACUGAUCACAGUUUGGACGCUAUCUUAGUGAAUUGCAAAAAUUUACAGAUUAUUGGAGCAGUAACCUAUAGGAGAACACUUCCUCCUUUCCAGAAAGGAAUUUUGAUGAGCAAAAAUCUCUACGGUCGUUGUUCCAUUGUCUGCAAGAAAAAAUUUUGUUUGCGGUAUUUGCUAACCUAUCGGCUGCACCAAGAUGUGUUGGAGAACUUUUUCGGUGCAAUGAGGGCGAAGGGUGGGUUGCACGAUAAUCCAACACCGAUGCAAUUCAAAUAUCGGCUCCGAAAAUAUCUUCUUGCACAAAACACAGUACUCCUCUCUGGAAGAGGAAAUGUUGGCGAAGAUGAUACAAACUGGCUUCCACUGAGAGACAUUCCUCAUUGUGACUACAUCUCGGAAUAUCUCGUUGAAUCUGAUGCCUCCAUCGUCUCUGCAGAUGAUUUUAACAUAGAGAGCGACAUAGACCAGUUCCACGAGCACGCGGUCAAGUAUAUAGCUGGCUAUAUUAUCCGCAAGCUUCAUUUAACUGGUGUGGAGUCCACGGACAAUACGUCACUUGGGUUGACGAAUUGUCGAAAGGCGGUUUAACAAAGCCUAGUUCUGCGUUUGUGAAGGAGUUAUUGAUCUUAGAAACUACUUUUAUAAAAUUUAAUGAGAAGGAAAUUUAUUGCGGUCCAAAUUAUAUGCAACAAAUGAUUAACGCCUCAAAAACUUCUCACAUGGCGGAAAAUGUAAAAAAACUUUUUUUUUUAAAUGUAGAAUGCAUUUUCGUAUUAAAAAUUUGAAUAAAUCCUUAAAGUGAUAUAAGUACACCAUUUUUAAUGUUUGUAUGCCUAUCCAUUGAGUUUAAACAGUUAAACAAAAGUAUUUCCAAAGAAAUCCACUGAUAGCGAGAACUUUUAAUAUACGUACAUAUGUAUAUAUUCGAUAUCAGUAUUUGAAAUAGUACCCAAAUAGUAAAAAUAAUCCAAUUUUUUUCCCCUUUUUCUAGUACCCUCAAAUGCAUGACUGCAAUUGGCAUGCAGAAAAAGUGAGGUUAUGUAAGUGACAUCACCUUAUAUUUAUUUCACCAUUGAGCUGUAUUAAAAAACUAAGGAAUCAAAAAAAAAAAAGAAAAUAAUUGCUCUUACUGUCGGCCAUUGUUAUCUCUGUUUGUGAAAAGUGCUAAAACGAGUGAACGAAUUUAUAAACGCGUUGUACUUAAUUGAUGAAUAUAUAUAUAUAUUAAAAGUAUAAAAU